AUGGACGCAUCGGGAAACAAUGCUCUGCAUAUGGCUGCAUUGUUGGGACCUCAGCAUCAACUCAGUCUCAGAGUAAGUGCAGCUGGUGCAGCUCUACAAAUGCAGCGCGAAUUGCAAUGGUUUAAGGAAGUGGAAAAAUUGGUACUGUCCAGAGACAAAGAAGAGAGGAACACUGAUGGAAUGACACCUACAGAAGUAUUUACUGAUACACACCAGGAGUUGGUAAAGAAAGGAGAGAGGUGGAUGAAAGACACUGCCACUCCAUGCCCAAUCGUAGCUGCCCUCAUUGUCACCAUGGUUUUCACGGAUGCCAUUGCAAUGCCAGCUGGAAACAACAACCAAGAUAGACAUCUGUAUUUUUCCAAACACAAAGCCUUUAUAAUAUUCAACAUAUUUGAUGCAUUAGCUCUUUUCUCAUCCAUUGCUUCUGUGUUGAUGUUCUUGUCCAUCCUAAGUGCUCGUUACGCAAAAAAGGAUUUUCUCUAUGCUCUCCCCAAAAGAUUAAUCAUUGGUCGUGUUAUGUUAUUUGUCUUUAUAUUAUCCAUGAUGAUUUCCUCUGGAGCCACACUCUAUCUAAUGUUUGGAGAUAAUAAGGUCUGGAUUCUUGUUCUUGUCGUUGGAUUCUCCUGCAUACUCGUGACCUUGUUUGCAGCCUUGCAAUUUCCUCUCCUUGUACAUGGUGAGGAAAUUUCAUUUUGGGUCUAG